AUGCAAGAGGGAGGCAUCAUCGAGAUUCCUUCAUCUCCUGAAUCGUCAAUGCACAUUCCCGCCAUCCGAACGCUUGGUAAACCCAGAAUUCCAGCAGCAGCCAAAGGCAAAACACCCAUCCGACGACGACCAAGACGAGAACCCGUCAUAGAGCUCACAGAUUCCGAAGCGGACGACCACAAAUUUGCUCCAGGCCCCAGUAAUAGCGGUAGCAGCUGGACGAUACCAUCCUCAUCCUCCCACCCCCGGUCCGAUUCCCAGACGCUCCAGCCGAAAAUGGGAGGAUCCUCAGGGUCGUUGGAUAAUAUUCCUUUACAUCGAAGACAAGAAAAGACGCCUACGCAACCGAGGGCGUUUCCUCUUUUUUUGGAGAGUGACCAGGAGAACGAACCGCCUGUCCAGGUUGCUGGACCAGCGAUUGCGCCCCCUCAAGAACCGCAGCAUGCGCCUGUUCCUGCGCCGGGUGCUAUGCGAGUUGACCCUGUCCCAGACGAAGUCUUUGUUCCACUUCCUAUUGAUGUACCGGCCCCCGUGGAAGAGGAAAAAGAUCAAGUAUCCACGGUCGUCGCACAGGUUCUUGAGAUUAUCCCGGACGUGCAUCCCGAUCACCUCCUCGCGCUUGUGGAACAGCAUCUGCCGACGCAUCAAGCUCAAGUUCUUGAACAUGUCCUUCAUAUCCUUUUCGAAGACGCGAGUUACCCUAAGGUUGAAAAGAAAGCUAAGGGGAAGCGAAAGGUUGAAGCGGAAGAGGACCCAGCACCAGCGAAAAAGGCCAAGAUAGACUAUGGGAGUACAGAACGGCAGUUUCAGAGGGGGAGACAUUACGUUGAUCUUUCUCUGAAUCAACUCCAAGCUGACUUUCCAUACAUACCUAAACCGUACCUCCGGCGCCAGCUGGCCCUACACAAUACUCUAUACGCGCCUACGUACCUCUUUCUCUCCGCUCAAGAGAAGAGGCUGCAAAAGGAGGAUAAUCAAGACAUCUGGCCGUAUUCGCGCAAGGUUACACCCUUUAAGGCUGCAAAAGGGAAGGGGAAGGCUGUGCUUACUGAGGAUCCGCAGUUUGAGGCUGAGAGGGCAUGGAUAUUGGAGCAGUCGGUGGAAGGGAAGGGGGGCAAAGUCCAGGAGGAGGGGGAGGAAGAGGAGUAUGAGGAUAAUGGAGAUGGAAUCGAGUGUGGGUGUUGCUUCUCCACGUACCCUUUCGAAAAAAUAGUUCAAUGCCCUGAAGCCCACCUCUUCUGCAUAUCCUGCAUCUCAACCUACGCAUCCUCAAAGCUAGGCGCACACGACGCCGACCUCGUUUGCGUGCACCAAUCCGGUUGCAAGCUCCCCUUCCCCUCUUCCGAGUUACGCCGCUUCCUCCCGGAAAAGUUGAUGUCUUUAUACGAGAGGGUGAAGCAACAGAAAGAGGUCGAGGCUGCUGGGUUGGAAGGGUUGGAAGAGUGUCCGUUUUGUGAGUGGAAGUGUGUCAUUGAGAAUGAGCAGGAGAGGUUGUUUAGGUGUGGGAACGAGGAGGGGGGUUGUGGUGUUGUUAGUUGUAGGGGGUGUAAGAAGGUGGAUCAUUUGCCGAAGAGCUGUAAGGAGAUGGAAGAAGAUAAACACCUCGAUGGACGACAUGCCAUUGAAGAAGCUAUGACUCGUGCACUUAUGCGUAAUUGUCCCAAGUGUCAAAAAGCGUUCAUCAAGGAAAUGGGGUGCAACAAAAUGACGUGCCCCAAUUGUCAUACUCUAUCUUGCUAUAUAUGUCGGCAGGUUAUCAAGGGGUAUGAUCACUUUAACCAGGCUCCGCCCGGCCAUCCUUCAGGUAGCACGAACAACAAGUGUAUCUUAUGGGAUCCAGUGGAACAGCGGCAUGCUGACGAGGUAAAAGAAGCAGCAGAAAAAGCUUUAGCGCAAUACAAACUCGACCAUCCCGAAGCAGACGAAGAACAGAUCAAAGUCGACCUUCCCGUAGCUCCACCUCCGCCUGUUCAACCCCACGGGUAUAACAAUAUGGGAAUGCAGCAGAUGAUAAUGCCCAUUCCGCCCAUGUUGCCUGUGCACAUGCAGAUGCCUAUGAUGUACAUGGGGGAUGCAGCCAGAGUGGGAGUGGGAAUGGCGGGGUAUCCGUACCCAGCGAUGCAGAUGGAAGCGGAACGGCAUCGGAUGCGGCAACAAAUGGCACAAGCUAAUAUUCGUGCUGCGCAGGGGGUGCUGGAUAGGGAGCUUAGGGAGGUUGCGAUGGCACGGAGGGCGGAGGAGGUGUUAUUGUUGGAGGAGGAGGCUGCUGCUGCUAGGGGGAGGGCAGGUGGAGAAGUAGCUGGGAGAGUGAGGGUGGCCAGGAUGAGAAUGGGGAGGGACGUAGACGAUGCGUUGGUUCAGAUGAGGAGGCAGAGGGUUAUGGAGCGGGCUGCUGCUGAGGUUAGGGUGGAGAGGGCUAGGGAUGCGGUUAAUGCGGCACGUGCUGUUGCUGCUGAGUUUGAGUUGGAUGCUGGGCGGCAGGGGGAGGAGAGGAGGAGGCGGGAAGCCGAGGAGAGGGAGAGGCUGAGGGCUGCUGCUGUUGCAGCGAGGUUGGCGGCCAAGCCGAGAGCAAAGAGGGCGAGGAGGAGGUGA